AUGUCCACAGACUUCGCAAUGGCUCUUCCCAAGGUCAAGGAUAUACCUGCCAGUAUCCACGUCUUCAUCAUCGCCACUCUCAUCGUGCUGGUGGCCUUUGUCCUCCUCUUCUCCUUCCGCCUCCAUAAAGUCGUCGGAAAGCACAAGAUCGAAAAGUCGCGUGGUCCAAACACCAGACACAGAUACUCCAGGAUAUACCGAUUGGCAGAGGGAGAAGAGAGCUUGAUCCCAAACAGUCCGAUUGCGGUACAGUACGAAGCGGAUGACGAUGUUGAAAGAGCUGAGCAAGAGUCUCCAGCUGUUGUCAGAGCUCCACCGCCAGCGUAUGGGAGAUGGAGAGGUAGUUAUCGUAUGGAUCCAGAGCUUUUGCAUUGGAGACGGGUGGGCGAGGCGGAGGGUGAGCAGCGGAGUAGUGUUGAUACGGCGCCGCCUAUGUAUGCUUCACCUAUGCGCUCGCGUCCAGAGGCGUCGAGUGCACCGAGUCAGGGCGAAGGUGCGACGGAGAUGGUCGAGGUCGGUCGGGCAUGCUAG